CCCCCCCUCCCCGGUCGCCCCGUGGCCGCCGCUCGCCAUGGCCCCGGUGCUGCUCGCCACCUCCUGCCUGGCCUGCACGCUCGCCAUGUUCGGCACCGGGCUAUCCGAUCUGCGCCAGAUGUGGGCAACCAAGAGCGUGGAGAACAUCCAGUUCCUGCCCUUCCUCACCACUGAUGUCAACAACCUGAGCUGGCUCGGCUACGGCUGCUUGAAGGACGAUUGGACGCUCAUCACCGUCAACGCCAUCGGGGCAGCCCUGCAAACCCUCUACAUCCUGGCGUUCCUCUACUACAGCCCUGCCAAGCGCCCCGUGCUGCUGCAGACCCUGCUGCUCCUGGCCGUGCUUGCCACCGGUUACAGCUACUUCACGCUCCUCAUUACCGAUGCACAGACGCGCCUGGCACGCCUGGGGCUCUUCUGCAGUGUCUUCACCAUCACCAUGUACCUCUCACCGCUGGCCGACCUGGCCAAGAUUGUCCGGACUAAGUCGACGCGCUGCUUGUCCUUCCCCCUGACCGUCACCACCUUCUUGGCCUCCACCAGCUGGACACUGUACGGCCUACAGCUCCGGGACCUCUACAUCAUGGUCCCCAACAUGCCGGGGGUCGUCACCAGCGUGGUGAGGUUCUGGCUUUUCUGGUGGUACCCAUCGAGCCGGGAUAAGCCCUACAGAGCCCUGCCCGCCUGAGGGACCCCACGGAAAGAGCCCACGUGCUCCGGAAUGAUGAAGGAUCCCCCCAAACCCUCCUUUUGUCUGGCUGGACUGGCCUCAGCCGCUGAGCUGUGGUGACAACGCAGCGCUGUUGUCCCCCUUGGCCAAGGGCCGCCUGUUCCCAGCAGGACUGGGACCUCCGGAGGGCACCGCUGCUGCCGGGCUUCGCCCUCACCGUUGCCCCUCCAACCUUUGGGCUUGUGGUGAUGGGUGGUUUGAUCUCAGCGAUGUCUUUGAGGUGCUGGGAGCCCCUGUGCCCCAGGUCCUGGAGACCUUUGGAUGGUCUUCCAUGCCCACAGAUCUGCCCCAGCGCCGGACGGGGCUGCUGGGAAGCCCCGUGUUCUCUUCUGGAUGAAUUUAAGUGCCUUUUAAUAAAACGGAGACUCUUCUGGUGUCCAAGCUGAGAGGUGAGGUUGACAUCCUUGAGGGAUGGGAUGGUGCCCAGAAGGACCUGGACAGGCUGGAGGAGUGGGAUUGUGUGAACCUCAGGAGGUUCAACAAAGCCAAAUGGAACGUCCUGCACCUGCGUCUGGGCAAUGCAUGGUUUCCAUACAAGAUGGGGGAUGAUGGGAUGGAGAGCAGCCCCGAGGAGAAGGACUUGGGGUGCUGGAGGAUAGGAAGCUCCACAUGAGCCGGCAACGUGCGCUCACAGCCCAGAAACCACCCGUGUCCUGGGCUGCAUCCAGAGCGGUGGGAUCAGCGGGGAGGGAGGGGAUUCUGCCCCUCUGCUCCGCUCUGUGAGACCCAACCUGGAGCCCCGUGUCCAAUUCUGGAGUCCUCAGCACAGGAAGGACGUGGAGCUGUUGGAACGAGUCCAGAGGAGGCCACGGAGAUGAUCUGAGGGCUGGAGAACCUCCUGUAUGAGGACAGGCUGAGAGAGUUGGGGGUGUUCAGCCUGGAGAAGAGAAGGCUGUGGGGAGACCUUAGAGCAGCUUCAAGUAUGGAAAGGAGCUCCAGAAAAGCUGGGGAGGGGCUCUUGACCAGGGAGUGAAAGGACAGGAUGAGAGGGAAUGGCUUUCAAUUGCAAGGUGGAAGACUUAGAUGAAAUCUUAGAGAAAAAUUCAUCACAAGGAGGGCACUGAGACCCUGGCCCAGGUUGCCCAGAGCAGUGGUGGCUGCCCCAUCCCUGGAGGGGUUCCAGGCCAGGUUGGAUGGGGUUUGGAGCCCCUGAGCCAGUGGGAGGUGUCCCUGCCCAUGGCAGGUGUGGAACUGGAUGGGCUUUGAGGUCCCUUCCAACCCAACCCAUUUCAUGGUUCUUGGUGCCUGCUUGGCGUGCUGGGGGCAGAGGCCAGGAUGGCUCUUGUCCGCCAAGAUGCUGGGUCUCAUCCUGACACCUCCAAGCCUUCCUCCAGGAGCAUCCACUUUCUGGCAGCGAGGAGGUAUUGGGAAGGGAGGGUGCACAGGGCUGCAUUGGGGCUGGAUUGGGGCAGGAGAGGGGUACAAGGACACCAGAACUGCCCGGAUUGGCUGCUCUGACCCCUCCUCGGCAGCAGCACGGGGACACCGAUCCCAACAGGGAAAGGAAAUUCUGUUCAACACGAGGUUUGGAUGCUGGCAGACGGAGAAUCGAUUCAAAUCCUCCCUGAAACCCUAAUGAUUGAGCGCGUACAAAUCCGGCAGCCGUUGGCAUCGACCCAAACUCAAUUAACAAAUUAACAAUGAUCUGGAAUGAAGCUAUCGGGCGAAUGCAUCAAGCUCAGAGACGGCCGCGUGUUCGGGUGACCGAGUUACACCACGAGCAUCCAGAGCCCUGUGAAACACAACAUUCCCUACACACAUACUGUGGGCUGGGAGCCCCCUCCGGAGCGAGGAGCCCAUUUCUGCAGCUCCUCGCCGUCUUCCAGCCCAGAUGACGCAGCCCGGAUUAAGGAAGUGGUGAUGAGGACUCUGGCAGAGCACAAGCUGGUUUACACCUUGCGACGUGGCUUGGGAAAAACCAACACGGAGGCGAACGGCUGGAACGGAGCUUAGGAGGGGGUUGAAGACGAGCUCGUGCGGCUGCUGCGAUCGCCCGGCGUGCUCCGUCUUGUUGCCACAAAGCCAAGGCUCCCCUCACCCUCUCCGGCUGCGCUUGCAGGUGUUUCUGCCCCAGGGGUUUGCACCAGGGCUUCCCUCAUCCGCAUCGGCUGCGGUUGCAGGUGUCUCUGCCCCAGGGAUUUGCCUCGGGGCCACACUCGCUCCCCCAGCCCCAUUCUCAUCCGCCAGUGACUCCCAGCCGGGACAAAGGAGUGGCCGUGUUGAUAAAGAGCAGCUUUUGCCGCUGACGCACCGGGCAGAAACCCGGCUGCCGCCCGGUCGCUGCAGCUGGUGGGUGCCACGAGCCACGGCGCAGCCCCACACGCCAGGCUGGAGGUGAGCAGAGCAGCUCCCGGGGACGCCAGCGCCCGCAGCGGGCACAUGGCCGGCCACGGAGACGCUGCCGCCGCGGUGCUGCCUGCCCAGCCGCCGGAGGGCUGGGAGUAACCUCUGGAUGGCCAUGAGUAGCCCAUGGAGGACU